CUAGUAGCUCACCGAAGAAAUCAUCGAUGGACAUGUGUUCAAGCCGAAUUUCUUAUCAUGUUUGGAUUCUAUUCUGAAAAUUUUGGAAAAGAACUUGACGUAGUAAAAUUUUAUUGAAAUUCUUCGAGUGUUGUAUGAUUUAAAUUUCCACUCGCUAUGUCAUCGCAUAAAUCUUUCAAGAUCAAGCAAAAGCUUGCCAAAAAGCUGAAACAGAAUCGACCCAUCCCUCAAUGGAUCAGAAUGCGUACCGGUAACACCAUAAGAUAUAACGCUAAAAGACGUCAUUGGAGAAGAACCAAGCUCAAAUUGUAAUUACAACCGGAAUCGAACGUUUCGUUAUUCUUUAAUUUUCAUGAAUCUAUUUUCUAGAUUACGUUUAUGAUGAUGGUUUUGUUGUGUGAAAUUUACGAAUAAAACGUCAACAGUAUUCUUCGAA